UUCCCUUUCUCUGCACAGAUGCCUCCUCCGCCAUCGCCUAUGAAGAGGAGGAGGAGGAGGAGGAGGGGGCCCCUCUCCCACCCACCAACAAACACAGGCACCAUGUGAUGCCAGAGGAGGUCUGGGAUGAUAUGGAAUGUGGCCAGCUGCCUUCAGAUGCCCUCCGACAGGUGAAGAUCUUGCGUGACCCGCUCUACGGAUUUGGCUUUGUGGCUGGCAGCGAGAGACCUGUAGUAGUCCGCUCUGUCAUUCCAGGGGGGCCGUCUGAGGACAAGCUCUUGCCAGGAGACCAGAUCCUAGCCAUAAACGAGGAAGACGUGAGUGAUGCCCCCAGAGAGAGGUUCAUAGAACUCGUUAGAGGUGCCAAGGACUCCGUGGUGCUCACUGUGCUGCAGACUCAUCAGUCCCCAAAGUCUGCCUUCAUCAGCGCUGCCAAGAAGGCAAAGCUGCGCUCCAAUCCUGUGAAGGUUCGCUUUUCGGAACAGGUCACCAUUGGCGAGACGGAUCCAGACAUGCUGAAGAAGGAGGCCCUGCUCCUCAUCCCCAACGUUCUGAAGGUUUUCCUCGAGAACGGGCAGAUCAAGUCUUUCACCUUCGAUGGCCGGACCACGGUCAAGGACGUGAUGAUGACGCUGCAGGACCGGCUUUCCCUGAGGUACAUUGAGCACUUCUCGCUGGUCCUGGAGUACUCCAGUCCCGAGCAGAGCCACAAGUUCCUUCUGCUUCAAGACAAGCAGCCACUGGCCCACGUGGUGCAGAGAACCCACUACCAGGGCAUGCGAUGCCUCUUCCGCGUCAGCUUCUUCCCCAAGGAGCCAGUGGAGCUGCUCCGGAGGGACCCAGCCGCCUUUGAGUACCUCUACAUCCAGAGCCGGAACGACGUGAUCCGGGAGCGGUUCGGCAUGGAGCCGAAGCCGGAGAUGCUGCUGGGCCUGACCGCCCUCCACAUUUACAUCACUGUCUCUGCCACGCGCCCCAGCCAGAAGGUCUCCCUCAAAAACGUCGAGAAGGAGUGGGGCCUGGAGCCCUUCCUGCCCCCUUCGCUGCUGCAGGGCAUCAAGGACAAGAGCCUGCGGAAGUCCCUCUCCCAGCAGCUGAAGGCCCACCAGAACCAGCCGCCCUGCGGCACCAAGGUCUCCACAACCCAAGCAAAGCUCCAGUACUUGCGCAUCCUGAAUGAGCUGCCAACCUUUGCGGGCGUCCUCUUCAACACCGUGGGACUGGAUGAGAAGCAGCCGGCCACCACGCUCCUGGUGGGCCCCCGCCAUGGCAUCAGCCACGUCAUAGACCUGAAAACCAACCUCACAACUGUGUUGUCCGAAUUCAGCAAAGUCAGCAAGAUCCAGCUCUUCCGGGAAAACCAGGGGGUGGCGCGGGUAGAGACCAGCAUCCUGGAUGCCAAGCCGCUGGUGCUUUUGAUGGAAUGGCCGGAGGCCACCAACUUCGCCUGCCUGAUUGCCGGGUACUGCCGCCUCCUGCUGGACUCCAAGAGGACGAUGGUCUUUGCCCGACAGCCCAGCCAGCCCCCACCAACACCCCUUAUCAAGGCAGAUCACCCCAACGCGCUGCCUACUAGCCACCGGUCUCUCCCCACGGGGCACCUGGGAAAGAAAGAGAGCGGGUUCCUGGGUGUCGCUGUCCCCGGCCCCAUCGUCGAUCGCAGCCCCCGAGAUCCCGUGGCUCCGGACCCGGAGCUCGUCCGCGUUUGCUACCUGCACAUGCGGGAGCAGAGAAAGGAGCACAAGAGCCGGGCCACGGACAUCAAUGAAAACCUGAUCUUCUUCGAGGAGUCCCGGCCUCGGACCAAGUCGGACCCCACCCCCAAGAGCUCCGGGACGGAUUGUGAGGGAGCCCCCCAGGACUACGACCCGGACGGCCUGGAUCGAGAGCGCCGGGCCAACCGCGCACGCGCACACACCAUGGACGGCCAUCACGGCCAUCGCCGCCGCUCUGUCCAAUUCUUCUGCGAUUCUUGCAAAGCCAAAGUCAAGGGAGGGCGGGGGGCCAGCACUAGCAACACAGCAGUGGACCUGACGUCCCUCCCUCCGCCUGGGAGCGACGAGGAGGAUGAGGAGGACGAGACCACUGCCCUCCUCCCAGCCAUUGCUGCCCCGCCACCGGGCUUCCGGGACAACAGCUCCGAUGAGGAUGAGUCCAAGCGGCGGGCGGCAGCGGCGGCGGCGGCAGCAGCAGCACAGAAUAAGGAGCCUGGGAGGCACCUCUGUGGGAUCCUCUACGACGAGAUCCCAGUGACGCUCAUCGACAGCGUGCAGCCCAGGACAGUCGAGGAUCACGCACAGGACCUGGACGAUGCCCUGGUCUCCACCCUUCAGGCGCUGGAGGCUCUGGCUGCCUCAGAGGACGGACCACACCCUCCACCUCAGCAGACAGCAGGGCUGAUUGUUCUGGCUGCCAUCACCCCUGAGUCCUCUCUCGACUCCGGCCACGAGACCACCUCUUCAGAGAUCCCGGACGUCUCGGAGGUGGUCUCGGCCAUGAAGCAGCACCAAAAUGCCGCCUUCUUCCUGGCCCAGCACAUCAACAAGGAGGGCCUGCUGGCCAGGAAGGACCUCCCGUUUCGCCUCCAAAGCUGUGCCGCACAAGCCGUCCUUGCCUCACCACCGUAUGUUCUCCGGCGGCCGGAGUCCAGCUCCCUUCCGAAGCCAGCCAGCUCAAGCCAAGAAGCCAGCACUGCCUGCAGCCAGGGCAAGCAGGGUCCCUCCCAGCCGGGACAGAGCAGUACCUUGGCCGCCCAGCCAGAACCCCCCAAGCCGGCCGGAGAGAGCAGGGGCAAAGGCACGCUGCCAUCUGCCCCUGAGCACAGGGGCUCUGUCCUCCAUCCAGCAGCCUCCGAGGCAUCUCCAUGCAGAGCCGUAGCUUCUCUCAGCAAUCUGCAGGGACUGCAGGACAAGAGGCCCGCAGAAGUCCGGCUGAGUCCCACACUGCUCCUGGAUGCCCAUGGCCGGAUGACCCCGGCCCUCCUCUCAGCAGCUCUGCAGCAAAUGGUCAGCCGCAAGGCCACUUCCCCUUCUCCUUUAUCUUCCCCUUUGGCUCCCCCAAAAGAAAGUGCCAUGCCCAGCGACAGCCAGAGUUGCAGGCGACCAGUUAGCAGCAAACCUGGCCCUCAGAGGUUGGUGUCCCUGGGCCAGCCUGCCCCUGACCCCAAAGCCCCCCUGACAGUGCAAGAUGGGGCCCCUCUCUGUCCCCCGGGGGCCAAAACGGGUGCUCCUCCUCACUCCCCAGGUGAAGAGGACAGGUCAGGUCCCAAAAAGAAACAGGAGUCAGCUGAGAGGUUGGGGGUCCAGAAAGGGCCCACAGAGACUGCUGGUGUAACCAGCCACAGACAGACUGCCUCUUUGGGCCGAGGGGAAUGUGGCCAGCAGGAGACAAGUGGCAGAGGCCUGCAGGCUGAAGGGAUCUCCCUGAGGCCCUCAAGUGCCAAGAGUGAGGGCACCCUCCCGAAUCCCGAAGGUGAGGAGCCCAAAGGGAAAGCCCAACUGGGACCCAGGGCUGAGAGUGUGGCAACCAGUCCCAUGCCUUUGGUGAAGCCCGAGAAAGUCUUGGCAGUCACUCUGCCAGAGGCCGACGUUCCCGCAAAGCCCAAAGUCCCCAAGGCCUCCUUCCGGCUGCGCAACCUCUUUUCCGCCACCUUCCCUGCCCGGCUUAGGAAGGAGACGGAUGAGCGCCAAGCCCAGCUGCAGAAGGUCAAGCAGUACGAACUGGAGUUCCUGGAGGAGCUGCUAAAGCCAAAGGCUAAGUCCGGGGAGGCCGUCCCACCACCCCUGCCACCCCCGGUGCUGCCGGACCACCUGCUCCCUUCGGGCCCUGGGGGCCACUGUGCCUGCCAGCUCAGGACCAGCCCUGUCCAGAAGGUGCCCGGCUUGUCCAGGGAGCAGCGCCGCAGCUGUGACUGCAAGCGCUUGAGCCGUGGGGGGAGGCCGCAGGCCAGCCAGGCUCCGGAUGCAGAGAGGCGUGGCCGUGAGAGAGGCCUCAGGCAGCAGCAGCAGCAGCAUGGGGAGCCCCUGCGGGGGACGCGCAUCCGGAGCCCCUCCAAGGGCGCCCGCAUCCGGUCCACCAGCCUGGAGGCCAGGUACUGCCGCCGCUCCGACCCCGAGAACGGCUUGUCAUGCCUGACCACGUGUGCCUCCCGAGGAGAGUGCUUGGGAGUUCCUCAAUACAAGAAGCUGAUGCGCCGCUACAGUGUGGGUGAAAUAGAUAAGGUGGAGCCGAACCUUCCAGCCCCGGAGGGCUAUCGGAACAUCCACCUGGCAGCCAAGUCACUGCUGAAGGAGAGCGACCCGGAGGCCAAGGGCCCUCCACCAACAAGUAAAGCCCAGGAAUCAGCAGACCCCUCCUGCAUCCCAAUAACGGCCCAGGAGAAGAAGGCUCACCGGAGCCCCUUCCCACUUACAGAGGAUGUCUACCCCAACCACGGCCGGCUCCCAGAAGAAGGCGCGCAAGAAGAGGAGGAGGAAGAGGAGGGAUCUGGCAGCGAGCGCUGCUGCUCCAUCCGCUAUUGUUUCUACUACCGGAAGUGCGACACAGCAGAUGACGGGAGCGAGAAGGACGAACUAUCCUACUCCAUUCCCGUCCAGAUCCUGCCUGGCAUGCAGCUCGACAGCCAGGUCGUUCCUGUGGUCAGCCGGACCCUCCAGGUGCUGGACGCCACGGCCUGCAGCAGCCCGGACAGCCACCAGACCCAGGAGAUAGACCUGCGGACCUCCACCCUGGAGGGCAGCCUGGCCAAAAUUCAUGCCUUGAAGGGCCGGACCUACACACUGCCUGACGGCUUCCUAGCCGCCCAGCUGGACACCAGCGAGCUCCUAACCGUCCUGAGGCAAUGUGCCAUGAACCCCGAACCCCGAGAGGAGGGCAAGCCCUGCCUCCCGCAGCUGAUAGAGCGCAAGCAGGAGCUGGCCCUCCGGUUCAAGGAGUUCCGGGCCUCUUGCCGGCGUGUGGCUGCUGUAGACAAGAGCCCUGCACACAUGCUCCUGGCCAUCACCAGCAGCUUCCAGGUCCUGGGUGGCCUGAUCGAGACCUUUGUGCGGCUGGUGCAUGUGGUGCGCUCCGAGGCCCAGCGCCAGGCUCUGCUGGCCAAGGUGGAGGAGGUGGUCAGGAACUACACCUUCUUGCUGAGGGCUGCCGAGGAGUCCACGGCCAGGACGGCCGCGCACCGGGUGGGAGACCCGGCCACUGAUCCACUGGGGCGGCAGUCAGUGGCCUCAGUCAUGGGCACAUUCACACGCUCCUUGAAGACACUGAUAAACAAGUGAGGCUGCCCAAUGGCAUCAGCGUGCCAAGAAGGAGUCCCUGGGUGUCCCCCGCAGGCGGAGGGGUUAGGCAUGUGGUUGGUAGAGGGAGGCUGGAGGGGGAAUGUGGGGAUUGUGUGGGCCCUGGGCCACUGCCUUGGGUGCUGCGCAGCAUGCCAGCAAUUAGUGUGUGUGUAGGGGGGGGGGGGCUGUCCCUCUGAUCACACCACCACUUCCCACCUCCUCUCUCUAAGGACCACAGUGGGGUUCACUGAACCUGUCACAAAAUGGGUUAUUUUUGCCCAAUCGACAGGGGUGGCAGGUAACCUAGAAAUCCCUCCUUCCCUCAUACACAAAGUGUUGCCAAUUGCAAGUGAGACGACGAACGGGGCACGUUCCAGACUCGCCAGGGAAGAGGGGAGACGAGGGGGUUUACGAGUCUUUGUGCAGAAAAGUGCCCCUUCUCUCUGUCACUCAUUCAGUGGUGGGGAGGAUGAUGAGGAAAGCCAGUGAUUAUGGCAGGGCACACCAUCCUCAUCAUCCAGAGCUGGUUUUAGGACAAGCGGUGCUUGGCGUUUCCGCCUGAAGACACUAUUUCUAAUUUGGGACCCUCCUCGAAGCACAGCGAGGCCAAAACCAGGAAUAAUGUAUUGCUGCCCACUCCCCAACCCCCCUCCCACACACAAGAGGGAUUGGGGGUUGGGAAACAUGUUCUAGCUCCUCUGGACUGUUGGUUCAUUCCUUCAGGACUUCUGACCUUCUUUGAAUGUUUGGUAACAUGGUGCCUAAUGGGUCCGUCUUUCUGUUCUUGGGGCACAAGGAGUGCCCCCCCACCGACUUUGGAUGUAACUCUUGCUGUACGGGAGGGGGGGGGUCCCCUUCCUCAACCCAAAAUGAACCUUGAACUGAGCCCUCCCUAAUUUGGGAGGGGUUUCUCUGCAGCCACCCUCUCCUCUUUUCUCCCUCCCUCUGGAGAAAGAGGGUCCCGGCACAUGGGGGGAGUCCCAG